UCUGAGUUUAAAGCUAGUUUCGUGAGAAAAUGCUACAUUAAGGUUUAUCCUUCAGACUUCAACCCGCAUCCAGGGAAAUAUAGGAGCUUGUGAACAUGCAGCGGUUCUCCUGGCUCGGCUAUGAAACCCAGCUUCUGGAGCAGCUGCAGAGGCAGCAAAACAGCACACAGUUCUGUGAUACCAUGCUGCAAUCUGACGGUAUCUCAGUCCCGGCACACAGCUGCGUCCUGGCUGCCCUCAGCCCUUACUUGUCCCAGAGGUUGUCGGCCUCCCCCUCCCCUCAGUCGGGGCAAAAACGUUGGCUUCACCUGCAGGCAGUGUCAGCCCAGACCUUAGUGAAGCUGGUCCGGCUCCUGUACUCUGGAGAGCUGGAAGUGAGAAGCAGCGAGGAGCAGAAUGAGGUGCUGGCUGCAGCACACAAGUUUGGAAUCACAAACAUCAAAUUAGGAUGUAAAGACAGUGAGGGGGAAGGCACAGAGCUUCUUGGAGUAAGGCAAAAGGUUCACAUCAGAGGGAUGCACAAAGAUGUGAAAAUGCAGGAUCCAAAGGUUCAGGCUGAGAUAAGUGGGAAGAUAGAGGAUGAUCCUCUUGAAAGGAAAAGCUUUGCUUCGAUUGGGACACAAACUGUAGAAAGUAUCCUAAUGUCUGCCGUCGAUCCUGGUCCUGCUCCAGCUUCGCCUCCAACUGUAGAGUCUGCAUCUGUUGUAGGAUCCUGUUCUACCUGCCAGUCUAAAAACGUCUUCCAGAGUUCUCUCACCUCCAACCCGAGCGUCCACUGCGACCCUGAGGUUUCAGCCCAGCGGGGCUCCGCUUCAUUCAGGCACAUGGAAACAAUAGCAACUUGCUUCAGCCAACAUGCCGACUCACCAAGAUCGCAGAAAAAGAAUCAGCCUGCUGAGGAGGACCAGGAAAGGCCAGGGCAGCAGGACGGAAACAGGAAGGCGACUGUGGAUGGAGGAGAAAAGACGCUGAAGAAAGAACAUAAGAAGAAGUCUCAUUUUAUCACAGGAGGAAAGAAUCUAGAGAAGAUGAAAUGGAAAAGAGAGAGUAUGGAAACAGCAAAGAUUUCCAUCAAGGUGAAACUGAGGAGGAGGACAAGAGGAGAUGUGUGGGAGACGGUGGCCGUUCAAGAUGAGGAUGUGUCGGUUCUGUCUAACCUGAAUCAGAACACCCCGCAAACAGGCCUUGAUGUUCUCCAGACUCCAGCUCCCUCUGCCCUUCCAGUCCAGUACCCAGAUUCCCAGAAGGUCCGGGAUGUUUCGAACUCCUCCCCCGAACAGGCCAACACCAGCUCUUUCUCUGAAGCCCGAUCCACCUGCAGCCUCUGGAUGGAUCAUAGCAGCGAGCUGGAACCAGAGUGCCUCCUGCCGCCUCAGAGCCCCGGGGAGGAGUCCAACGAGCAGAUCGACGAGAUGUUGGAGAGCAUCAUGAGGAGUCUGAAUUAUCUCCCUAACCUGAACACCAACUGCAAGAAAUCGCAGGUGGACCUCGGCGCGGCGUCAACCCUUCAUGAGGUCCCAGCUACGGAGAACGACGUUGGGCCGACGGCGCAGAGUGCUGAUGUUGCUGCAGCAGAGGGCGUGUCCUACCAGACCCUGGAGACGCCAGGUGACCAAUCAGACACGGACACAGGUCGCUAUCAUUUUCACAAACCGUUUGAUGUUUUAACAUUAGUUCUUUGUUUCAAUCUGGGACUGAUUUCUGAUCUUUUCGUUGAGACUGGAUGUUUGUGCUAA